AUAAAGCAGAACUGACAGAUCUCUGCUUGCAGCUGACGGAACAUUAUUCUCCUUUGUCCUAAACAAAAAAGCAUCAAUGAAUUUGCAGUGGGUAUGGAAGGGAAAGGUUCCUAUUAUAACUACCAUCUGUUUAAUGUCCACACUGAUAAUACAAGGUGUCCUGUCUCAGCCGUUGGAAUGUAUCCAUUGCAUUGACCGUGAUGACAAUGGUUGCUCUGAAGGAAAUGCUACAAAAAUUGUAUGUCAAGAGAAUGAACCAUGUAUUGAGCUUGUUACCUCUGUGGAGACAAGUCAUGAUCAAUUCACCAUGCUGAUAAAAGGAUGUGGCAAAGGAGGGGUAGGAAGGUUGGAUAAAGCCAUCAACUUCCAUGGGAUCACCAUGUUUGUCCAAUUCCAUCAAUGCGACAGCAGCUUGUGCAACACCAACAUGGAACUUAAAAACUACCAGCUUUUACCUCCAGAUACCACAAACAGACAGCCUAAUCAGGUGCAAUGCUACAGCUGUGUUGGAAAGACAGAGGAACGGUGCACAACUUCAAAUGCUCCUGAUAAGACCUGCUUCAACAAUUUUGAGUCAUGCUUUGAUGGGAAAGCCUCCAUAACCAUUGGAAAUGAAACACAAGUUAUACCUAUUAAGAGCUGCAGCACAAGAAAUGUUUGCCCCCGACAGCUUCUAACACUUGGAAGUGCAACAUUUGGAAUUCAAGGAGCCUGCUGUAGAGGAAAUCUAUGUAACCAGGACCUCUCCAACCAGACACAGUAUGAAAGCGGCCCCCCACUGCUUCUGUUGGAGGAUCUUAUUGAAAAAAAGACAACCACCGUGAACACAACUGCCUGGCUAACCACUGAACACCAACACAAUUACUCAACUGCCUAUCCCCUUGAGCUCACCACUCCGCACCUGUACAACCAUUCAAUGGCAACCAAAAAGACACCCAUAAAGAUUGGAAGGGUAGCUGAUACUAAUUCAACUGUUGUUUCAGUUAAUCAUAAUGAUCAUUCCAACACUGGCCCUAAAAUUAUCAUCAACCUUUGCCUUUUCCUCUUAGUUCAGUUUCUACAUUUAGUUUAAGCUCACUGUAUAUUUUCAUAUCUGCUAUUGUUGUAGAAUUGUGCUGGAUCCUGCUUAAUGAAGUCAAUGGGACAAUAGGCCUUAGACGCACAAAGUUCCCAACUUGAUAAUCUGUCCUCCUGUCUUCUAAGCGAGAGAAUGUAAUGUGUUCCAGCGCUGAAUAAAGCUUUAUCCAGCACAGGAGCGAGCUACAUUUGUCUGAAAUGAGUGACUGAGUGGGUUGUAAUUAGAAAAACUCAGCACCAACCAGGAGGCAUUUUCAAUUGUAAAUGGAUGACUUUUUGGGGGAUAUACAAUAUACAUGUGGAAAACAUUUAUUUUAAAAGA